AUGUGUGUCGCUUGUUCAGCAAUUGUUAGUGUUAUUGCUUUGACUCUGUGGGCCCCAAAUGAGCCCGCUCAUUCGAAUGAGCUGGGGAUCUUUGAAAACAUUCUAAAACUCCGGCCCCCCAGCAGACUAAUUAAAUCCCAGGGGCUGAGGGGGAGAGGGACUGGAGGGCGUCCUGACAGCUACAGCCUCCGCACAGCUGUUAAGUUUAAGGGGCCCCGUAGACAUGUACGGAGGGCUGACACUUCCACCCGAGGCGACUGCGUGGCCCGCCAGAGCAGCGAGGAGGCGCGGAACUCAGGCCUGCCGGGGGCGCUGGGCUCGGUGCAGGGGCCGAGGACGCGACGAGAAGCAGCUCGGCGGCUGGAGCGUGCCCUGGGGACACGCCGCGGCCUGGCCCUUGCUGCUCCGCAAGGGCGCCGUCCGCCCUCACCCGCCCUUCUCCUUUACCCCCUAUCCCAGCCGAGGUCCCGAGCAGCCGCGGGGCGCUUGGGCCCAGGGCGAGCCAGGCCUGCCGCGCCGCCCGCCGCCAUGGAGCCCAGGCCCGCCGCACCGGGGCCUUGUCCCGGCGACUCGCGCGGCGCGGAACAAGCGGCCGCGGCCUCUUCGCUGCACCCUGCCGAGGCCCAGCCCCGGCGCCGCGCUCCCGCCGUGGCUGCCGUGUUGCCGGCUGGGGGAAGCGGGGAGAGGAUGGGCGUCCCCACCCCGAAGCAGUUCUGUCCCAUCCUGGAGAGGCCGCUCAUCAGCUACACCCUGCAGGCCUUGGAGAGAGUAUGUUGGAUAAAGGACAUUGUUGUAGCAGUAACAGGAGAGAACAUGAAAGCAAUGAAGUGUAUUAUUCAGAAGUACCAGCAUCAGCGAAUCUCCCUGGUUGAAGCUGGAGUGACCCGCCACAGGUCAAUUUUCAAUGGACUAAAAGCUCUGGCAGAGGACCAGCCUGACUCUAAACUCUCUAAGCCAGAAGUUGUGAUAAUCCAUGAUGCUGUGAGACCGUUUGUCGAGGAAGAUGUCCUUCUUAAAGUUGUCACAGCUGCUAAGGAACAUGGGGCAGCAGGAGCAAUUCGACCUCUUGUGUCCACUGUAAUCAGUCCAUCUGCUGAUGGUUGCUUAGACCAUUCACUAGAACGUGCCAGACACAGAGCAAGUGAAAUGCCACAGGCUUUUCUAUUUGAUGUGAUCUAUGAAGCAUAUCAGCAGUGUAGUGACUAUGACUUGGAAUUUGGAACCGAGUGUUUGCAGUUGGCUCUAAAAUACGGUCACAUUAAUGCCAAACUUGUGGAAGGAUCACCUGACCUCUGGAAGGUGACCUACAAACGAGAUCUGUAUGCAGCGGAAUCGAUUAUUAAGGAAAGAAUUUCACAACACAUUUGCAUAGUUAUGGACACAAAAGAAGAUGAGAAUCACGUAGGUCAUCAUCUUGAAGAAUUACUAAAAAAUGAAUUAAAUCAUGUAAAAGUCACCUCUGGAGCUCUGUGUCCUACUAGCAGAGAUCUUGAGCAAAUCAUCUUAGAGCAAUGCUACAAUUACGUUUGUGUGAAUGUUAUGUCCUCUGAUUUUGAGGAAACCCGGACACUACUGAACAUGCUUGAAGAGAGUAAUCUAUCCAUUUUAUAUCCUAUUGUUGUUAUUUCAGUAUAUUUUCUUGAUUAUAAAUCAGUACCUUUUGAUGAGAAAAUGGAAAGCCUAAUACAGAUCAGGGAAUAUGCAAAGGAAGUGAAAAAAAGAAAUAUUUUAUUAUCUGGUCUUCUUAUAUAUUUCCCACAGGAUGAACAGAAGCUACAGGCAAGUUUAAGGCAAGGAGUCACAAUUAUUGCCACCUUAAUCAAAGAAAGAAAUUCUGGACUUGUUGGUCAGCUACUGGUAGCAUGAAGAACACAGAGAAAAUUAUGUACUGGGUUUUUAGAAACAUUUACCUAGGUCUCUGCUGUGCUUCCCUCCCUAUUGUAUGUGGUAGAAUGUUUAAUUUGUAGGAUGUGACGUUUGGGUUAUAGAAAUGAAUCAAUGUUUAUGUCUGUGAAAAAAAUACUCUUGUGCAUGUCAAAUAUAAAUUAAUCAGAAAAUAUGCAAAUGGAAAGUAAUAACCUUCAUGUAAUCUUCUGCAAAGGCAUGAAAAAUCAAAUAGAAAUCAUGAUGAAUGAGCUAAUCCUCCUAGGAAUGAGAAUUUAGAGAACUUCAACUGUGAUCUUAUCUCUAUGUUUAAUUAGUAAAUCACACUAUCAUGAAACGAGUAAAAAAAAGGUUGAGAAUAAUUUUUAAUUCCAAAAUUGUCCUCUUACCAACUGAUAUUUUGAUUUGUUUUCUAAUUUUCCACACCUUAAAAAAUAAAAGAGACAACAGGGAACUCUGGUUCUAAUAUUUUCACUGUUGGCCUCACAUUACUCUAGAUCCAUAAAGGAGAUGUAAUUCUCUCCUGCUUUUCUGUUUUAAAAUUCUAUGUUUUCUUUGGUUUAUGAAAAAUAAUUCUGACUUAUAUUAAAAGGUCUCUGAUUUUUCUGAAUGCCUUUAAAAGAAGACCAGAAAUCUUCAUAAAAGUGAAAUUAUUUUGGUCAGUCCCAAGUUAGUCUUUUCUGAAAGGUAGGGAGUCAUAAAUUAUUUU